AGAUCCUCAGGCUUUUGGAUGUUUGAUUGCUUUCCUUAGCUUUGUAUAGUUAGUUUGACCUUAUAUUUUUGAUAUGACUUACAUGGGUUUUAAUUAGUCAUAUGCUUGAUGACAGUUCUCGCUUGGUUGGACUUGUUCCAGUGCUGAUCAAAAUUGAUGCUGCCAAUUCCUUGAUCGAGGAUUAUGCGGCCUGCCUUGAGGUACGACUUGAAGAGGGUGAAGUUGUAGAGAACAGUUGUGAUGAUCUAGGGGUCCUUAUUAUGCAGCUUCUGGUUGAUAAUAUCAACCGGCCUGCACCAAGCAUCACACAUUUGCUUCUGAAGUUUGACCUUGAUGCCCCCGUGGAAGGGACUGUUUUGCAGCCUAAUUGUCUGAAGGUCAUUCUUGAAAUGCUGGAGAAGGUUCCAAACCCCCAUAUAAACUUCUUACUCUUUGAGUUUGGUUUUCAGCAUUUCGAUACCAUCGGUGUUGCUACUCUUCCAAAAAGAAGUGGCAGCCAGGCGCUUCGUGUUAGUUCCCUUCAUCAGAGGGCGUGGCUAUUAAAGCUCUUAGCUAUUGCAUUGCAUACUGGUUCUGGAAGCAGUUCAGCUCACCUAGAGGCAUGUCAGAGCAUACUUUCUCAUCUUUUUGGGCGGGAGGUAACUGAAGCAGCGAAUGAACUUUUUUCUUCCAGUACAUAUCCUCAGGAUGGUCUUGAUUAUGCUGGUACUAGUUCAAUCAGUAAAAGUAAGGCAUUGGCUUUGCUUGAAAUUCUUCAGUUUAGAUCUCCUGAUGCUUCGAUGCAACUUCCUCAAAUUGCGUCAAGCCGAAAGUAUGACUCACUGGUGGAGGACAUACUUGGGAACCGUGAUACCUCUGUUAGCGGCAGUAUCUACUAUUAUUCUGAGCGUGGUGAUCGGCUAAUUGAUCUAUCUUCCUUCAGCAACAAACUCUGGCAGAAACUUCAUUCUGGAUUUCCCCAAAUGGAUAGUUUUACAAAUGUUGCUGAGCUUAGUGAAGCUAGAGAGACAAUCCAACAGCUGUUGAAAUGGGGCUGGAAGUAUAACCGAAACCUUGAGGAGCAAGCUGCCCAACUUCAUAUUAGCUGGCUGGUGUCUGCUUGCAGAAGAAUAUCUUCUCUUGAUAAUCGGUCUGAAAUUUUGUACCGGUUACUUGAUGCCUCUCUUAGUGCCUCCGCGUCUCCAGAUUGUUCAUUAAAAAUGGCGUUUGUACUUACUCAGGUUGCCCUUACCUGCAUUGCCAAGCUUCGUGAUGAUAGAUUUUCAUUUCAAGGGGUCUUGAGUUCUGACACCGUGACAUGUCUAGAUGUUAUGAUGGUCAAACAUUUAUCCACUGGUGCUUGCUACUCGGUUCUAUUUAAACUUGUUAUGGCGAUUCUAAGGCAUGAGUCAUCAGAAUCCUUUAGAAGGCGCCAAUAUGCAUUGCUCUUGAGCUAUUUCCAGUACUGCCAGCAUAUGAUUGCUCUGGAUGUGCCAACAUCAGUUGUGCAGUUCUUGUUACUUAAUGAGCAAGAUGGUGAAGAUUUGGAUAUCCAGAAGAUUGACAAGGAGCAGGCUGACCUUGCUCGUGCCAACUUUUUUGUAAUAAAGAAAGAAGCUCAGGGCAUCUUGGAUCUGGUAAUCAAAGAUGCAAGUCAAGGCAGUGAGUUUGGAAAAACAAUAUCACUUUAUGUGCUGGAAGCUCUUGUUUUUAUUGAUCACGAGAGAUAUAUUCUUAGUCAGCUCCAGAGCAGAGGUUUCAUACGGUCUUGCCUUGGAAGCAUUAGUAAUAUCUCCUACCAGGUUCUGUUCUCCAUGGGUGCACUGGAACAUAUCGCUUCAUGUAGAGCUAUCAGCUUUAAGGGAAAUAUGAGACGGGUGGAUAUGAAACUUCAGAGUGAUGUAGGAUAUAGUGUGCAAAAGCAACGAACGAUAAUCACUGCUGUCCUAAGACUGGUGUUUGCUCUAACCUCAUUGGUUGAGACCUCUGAAUUUUUUGAGGGAAGGAAUAAAAUUGUUCGUGAAGUCAUUGAGUUUAUCAAAGGACAUCAAAAUCUUUUUGACCAACUUCUUCGUGAAGACUUUACUCAAGCAGAUGAUUUAUUGAUGGAGCAAAUUAUUCUUGCAGUGGGAAUAUUGAGCAAGGUCUGGCCUUUUGAAGAGAAUGACGGAUAUGGAUUUGUUCAAGGGCUUUUUGAUAUGAUGAGCAACCUUUUCAUCUUCAUCGUCUCCCCCAUUAAAUCAAUAUCAUCGCAGGUAGGACAAGUAGUUCAGAAGGGAUCAGAGCUCAAAUUGUCUCAGUUGCGAUUCAGCUUGACUUCUUACUUAUAUUUUCUGGUGACCAAAAAUUCUCUGAGGUUGCAGGUUUCAGAUGAUUCUCUUGAUAGUUCGUCUAAACUACGCCAACCAACGUUGAUGUUGCUUGCAUCUCUUCUUUCGCAUGUGACUGAUUCCCUCGAGAGAGCAGCUGAGAAAAAGUCAUUACUUCUUCAUAAGAUUAGAGACAUAAACGAGCUCUUAAGACAAGAUGUAGAUGCGAUCAUCAAGAUAUGUGAUUGCCAAGAAUAUGUCACACCGUCCGACAACAUACAUAAAAGGAGAUACAUAGCUAUGGUUGAAAUGUGCCAAAUCGUGGGAAAUAGGGACCAGUUAAUCACCUUGUUACUACAACUUGCCGAGCAUGUACUAAAUAUUAUCCUGAUCCGUCUCCAAGAUAGAUCCGUUAGUUCAAAUGAAAGGGGAUCAUAUGGUUCAAAAUCCCAUCUACAACAGGAUGUUACAAAUCUAUAUUCUCCUUUUCCGGUCGCCGCCGGAGACCUAGUAUCUCAUCUGCUACAUAUAAUGGUGUCGCCGAAAGAGUUAGUGGCCAUAGUACACUCUUCGCUGCUCGGAACGUCACGGCCAACUCCAACGCAGCGUAUCGAACUCACUCAUGCCAUUCGCAACUCAUUUUCCUCUAUUCAGAACCUCCUCUCUUUCCCGCCUCCGAAGCCGUCGGACAGAGCUCAAAGCUUGAAACUGAGUGAUGAGCUUCACCUAAAUGAGAUAGAUUCUGUUCGUCUGCUUGUAUCUGCAAAUCAGGAGAUAACCGACGAAGAAGACUCAAAGAUCGAGAGCAUCUUUCAAGAAGCUCUCGAUUUCAUCAAGCAUGGCGAAGAAACAGGUGGCAAGAUUUUAGUUCAUUGCUUUGAAGGUCGGAGUAGAAGCGCAACAGUAGUGCUUGCUUACCUAAUGCUCCAAAAGAACCUCACACUAUUAGAAGCAUGGAGCAAACUAAGGAAAGUUCAUAGACGAGCUCAACCGAACGAUGGAUUUGCGCGGAUCUUAAUUAACCUCGACAGGAAAUGUCUAAGCAGCAGUUCUCUGAAGCUACAUCUCCAGAAAUCUCACAGGAAACUGUCUUCGGGGAGUGUUGACAGUGCAAUGAACAUGGAGAUUCAAAAAGCUUUGGAGGCUCUUAAACUCAGCACUGGCCGUGGCUCAAGCGCUAGCCCCAAUUCUUUCCAACCUAAUCCUGGCUUCGAGCAAGUUCUUGAACUCAAGAAGGGAUUGUAUUUGGUCUUAUGGGCAAGAGAAAGAUAUUUGUGGAAUGAAGAAGACGAAGAACACAAGGACACAAGAGAGAAGACAUGGCUUCAGCAUUUUUGUCACAGCUAUUGUUUUUUGCCAGUCACAGAGGGUCAGCUUGGUUAUACCUCUGUGAAUACUCAUGCAACACCCCGCAAAGUUACUUCAUUGAAGGCGAAGAUUGUAGCUGUUUCUGCAGUAAGCAAACAUACCGCCGUAGUUUCUGAGUGUGGUGAAGUUUUCACUUGGAGAGCAACAAGCUCUUUUGUCUGCCCUCAGCAUCCUGUUUUAGGUGGUGGAGUCACUGAUUCUGGUAUCGAACCUCGCAGAGUAUCUGAAGUUCUACCAACUGCUUUUGAAAGUGCCAGCCUUUCUUCUAUCAGGUGAUUUGUCCUUUGAUUCAUGCCAAGUUCUUCAUUUUUCCAGGUUUAAGGGUUCAGUUUCUCGUGACUGGAUCGAAUUACUUGCUUCUUGCUGAGUUUUUUUGGUGCCAACUUGCUUCUUUCUUGACCAAACAAUGUUCUGGCUCUCUAUGUUCUCCAAGUCUUUUGCUUUUCUUACUGGUAUGUGAUUAGAUGAGGCUGACAUUUCUCUAUCCAUGUCUCUUGUUUUUCUACAGUGGAUUGAAUCUUUGAUUGAUCGGAUAGAUCUUUCUGAAUCAGAGGCUGAAGCAUCUCUUGAUUUUUUACUGAAUGAAGCCACUGAGGCGCCGAUUAGUGCUUUUCUGGUUUUGUUGAGAGCUAAAGGAGAGACCUUUGAAGAAACAGAAACAGAUAUU